UUCAGUAGGUCGAAAACCCUCGGAGAGGAAAGAUAAACAAAGGAAUCCCACCGCCAUGAAUGCGACGAAACUGGUCCAGGCGCUGAUGUUCCUGUGGGCGGUCGGGGCGGAAGGAGCCUCGUGCCCGAAUCUCCAACUUCAGCAGAAUUUCAUGGUCGAUGAGUUCCUGGGCGUGUGGUACAUGGUCCAGGCAGAGGACAACAUUUUCCAGACGCUGAAGAGCUGCCUGGCGAGCACCUUCACGCUCCUCGCCGAAAACAAAAUCCAGGUGGAUUCGAAGGGCCUGGACUCCUCGGGUGCGCCGGCUACCACGCAGUCCGUCAUGGAAGCUGAUCCCCAGAACCCGGCUCAUAUGGUGACGGAUUUCGUGCCCGGAGUUAAACCCCCCUUUGAUAUCCUGGACACGGACUAUACCAACUACGCCUGUGUCCAUUCCUGCAUCUCCGUGGUUGGCUUCAAGACCGAGUUCGUCUUCAUCUACGCGAGGAAUCGAACCCUGGAGUCGAAGCUGGUGGAACACUGUCGCAAGCUUUUCGAGAGUAAUGGGAUUACUACCACAAACCUGGUGGAUGUGCCUCAGAGCAAUUGUGAACAUUCUGAACUCUGACUCUCAGUAAUUGCCUGUUGUUCUGGACUAUGAGGAUAAAAUAAAUAAUUAAAAUGUA